ACUGGGGCAUUAAAAAAAAAAAAAAGAAAAAGCGACCCAGCAGCAGCGGCUGUAACGUGUUCGGGCGAUCCAGGAAAAAAAAAAUAUUAUCCAUGUUAAUAAAUGGUGUUUUUAUUAGUAAAGUAACGUCGACCGUUAGCGCGUGGUGAGCGGAAACUCAACGUGCGUUCAGUUCGCUACAACAAAGCGGACCCUUGUAACAGUUUGUAUCUUAACGUUGAGUCCUCGUUCUUAUUUCUUUCUGAGGGGACCGUUGUUUUUCGGGCUGAUGUUUCUCUAAAUCAUCGGAAAACGCCAGUUUAGCAUCAACAUUAAGAUGGAUCUGCGGUUACUUCUAAUAGCGACGCUGUCGGCAGUCCUCUGUGGCAGCCGGGCGCAGCAAGAGGGAAGCAUAUGCAUCAAGGCCAACGCACAGUCGUGUGGGGAAUGCAUCCAGGUCGCAGAGAUGUGUGGAUGGUGCGCAGAUGAAAAAUUCCUCACUGUGGGCGAGUCCAAGUCGGCUCGCUGUGACGAUCUGGAGUCCCUGAAGAAGAGAAGUUGUAACGUGACCACGAUUGAGAACCCGCGUGGAAGCAUCGACAUCAACACGAACAAGCCCGUCACCAACCGCAAGAAGGACGUGGCCGAGAAACUGAAGCCCGAGCAGAUCACCCAGAUCCAGCCGCAGAAACUCACCCUGACACUCAGAUCUGGUGAACCCCAGACCUUUGAGCUGAAAUUCAAGCGUGCUGAGGACUACCCCAUUGACCUCUAUUACCUUAUGGACCUCUCCUUCUCCAUGAAAGAUGAUUUGGAAAACGUCAAGAACCUCGGCACUGACCUCAUGAGGGAAAUGCAGGGGAUUACCUCCGACUUCAAGAUCGGCUUCGGCUCGUUCGUGGAGAAGACGGUCAUGCCGUACAUCAGCACCACUCCAGCCAGGCUCAUCAACCCUUGCACGGGGAACCAGAACUGCACCAGCCCCUUCAGCUACAAGAACGUCCUGCAGCUCACGGACAAGGGAGACGAGUUCAAUCGCCUGGUCAGUCAGCAGCAGAUCUCAGGGAACCUGGACUCUCCAGAGGGGGGCUUCGAUGCCAUCAUGCAGGUGGCGGUCUGUGAGAACCAAAUCGGCUGGAGGAACGUGACUCGUCUGCUGGUGUUUUCCACCGACGCCGGCUUCCACUUCGCUGGAGACGGCAAACUGGGCGGCAUCGUCCUGCCCAACGAUGGCAGGUGUCACCUGGAGAACGACAUGUACACCAUGAGCCACUACUAUGACUAUCCCUCCAUCGCCCAUUUGGUUCAGAAACUGAGUGAUCACAACAUCCAGACCAUCUUUGCCGUCACGGAGGAAUUCCAGCCUGUUUACAAGGAAUUGAAAAAUCUCAUUCCCAAAUCAGCCGUCGGCACGCUUUCCUCCAACUCCAGCAACGUCAUCAAACUCAUUAUUGACGCUUACAACUCUUUGUCAUCCGAGGUCAUUCUGGAAAACGGCAGGCUGCCAGAAGGAGUCUCCAUCACCUACAAGUCCAUCUGUAAGAACGGUGUGGAGGGAACGGGGGAGAACGGCAGGAAGUGCUCCAACAUCUCCAUCGGAGACGAGGUGUCUUUCAAGAUUUCCGUUGAAUUCCAGAAGUGUCCAUUGCAGAGCAACCCUGAAGUCAUUAAGAUUAAACCACUGGGCUUCACCGAGGAGGUGGAGGUAGUCCUGAACUUCAUCUGCAACUGUGAGUGCGCCGCUAAAGGAGAGCCCGACAGUGAGAAAUGCCACGAGGGCAACGGGAUCUUUGAGUGCGGAGCCUGCAAGUGUAACGACGGACGCAUCGGGCGUGAGUGCGAGUGCAGCAAAGACGAGGUGCGGACGGAGGACCUGGACGCUAACUGCCGAAAAGACAACGGUACGGAUAUCUGCAGCAACAACGGCGACUGUGUGUGCGGCACCUGCGAGUGUAAGAAGCGGGAGAAUCCUGCGGAGAUCUACACCGGCAAGCACUGUGAGUGCGACAACUUCAACUGUGACCGCUCCAACAAUAAGCUCUGCGGAGGACACGGCCGCUGUGACUGCAGGAAGUGCAUCUGCGAUGCCAACUACACGGGCAGUGCCUGCGACUGCUCCUUGGAGACCGCCACCUGCCUCGCCAAGAACGGCCAGAUCUGCAACGGCCGCGGUACUUGCGAAUGCGGCAUCUGCAAAUGCACCAACCACAAGUUCCAGGGUCCAACCUGCGAGAUCUGCCCCACCUGCCCCGGCGUCUGCGCUGAGCACAAAGAUUGCGUGCAGUGCCGAGCGUUCGACGCCGGUGAGAAGAAGGACACGUGUGAGAGCGUCUGCAGCUACUUCCAGCUGAUCAAGGUGAAGGAUCGCGACAAGCUGCCUCAGCCGACCGACCAGAGCUUCCCGCUGACUCACUGCAAAGAGCGGGACGCCAACGACUGCUGGUUCUACUACACCUACGCCAUCCGGAACGACACCAAGGAGGUGUACGUGGUGGAGACACUGGAGUGCCCGGCGGGACCCGACAUCAUCCCCAUCGUGGCCGGUGUGGUCGCCGGCAUUGUGCUGAUCGGCCUCGCCCUGCUGCUCAUCUGGAAGCUGCUCAUGAUCAUCCACGACCGCCGAGAGUUCGCCAAGUUUGAGAAGGAGAAGAUGAACGCCAAGUGGGACACGGGGGAGAAUCCGAUCUACAAAAGUGCCGUAACAACUGUCGUCAAUCCAAAGUACGAGGGCAAAUGAUGCAGCUUUGCCUUCCUUGUGACAUCACUGUAUGGAACAGAACAUGGGUGGGGGGGUGGAGGGCGGGGGGCGGGUUUUAUAAUGCUCUCACUCUGUUUGUUUUUUUUGUUUCUUGUAGUCACCAAACGAUAGUAAUGCAUUUUGCCACUAUUUCGGUUUGUUUUUACUAACUUGUUUUUUUAUUUUCUAUGCAUCAUCUGAAUUUUGUACAGUCUGUAUAAAUGUGUGUUUUUUUUGCCUCUGCAGAACUUGAGAGAAUGUGUUGAACUGAUUUGUAGUUUUCUGACAAGGUAGCGGAGAGCCUCGCUGUGCCUUUUCUUUUUUUAAUAGAACCAUCAAGUUUGUUUAAGGUUAAUAACGGGCAACAAAUGAAGGGUUCCUUUCCAAAUAAUUAUGAAUACAGCGUUGAGUGGCAAUCUAAAAGUCAAUGUUUGUAAAACACAGUUGAGCAAAAGUCUGUCUGUCUGUCUGUAAUCAUUUUGACUCUGUUUAAAAUGUCUCUUUGGAUUGAAACUCUUCAGACGUAGCGCCGGUUGGCUGCGCGUGGUAGCAAUGAAAUGUGUACAGUGUGCUUUGGUUUCUGUGUUAAGCCAUAUAUGUAUUCACAGAAUGGGAUGGAAAGGCGUUGAUGUGUCUUGUCUGAGUGACUUAACUCCAUCUGAACAAUCAAUUGAAAUGUCUUUUCUCUUGAAAAAGAUAUUUUCCCGAGCUGCCUUUUAAAGGACGUCAGUGUACGGUCGUAUUACUGUGUGGCUCCAGGUUUUACUUAAUUUAAAGCCAACUCAGGUCCUUAAUUCUUCACAGCAAAGCCAAAUACACGCAAAACCUGCCUUAUUUGCUAACUAAAUUUGCUUUUCUUGAAAUGCCUUUGUAGGAUAUGAAUUGUUCUCUGUCUCAGUAAUUCCACCGAACUCUUUUGUGGUGCCUCGAUCAAACAUUUUUUUUUUUUUUUUUAAAAAGGAGUGACUUUAAUGUCAUUUAGUUGUAAAGAUCAGUGGGAAGGGAAUGAUUUCUAGAUCUCUCGAAGGUUUGAAAAGAAGAAAAAGGUAACACCAUUGUUUUUAAGUGCCUUUUUUUUUAAAUUCAACAAUUCACAUUUGCAAUUCUGUAUUUCUGAAAUUAUUUAUUGAAUAAACAUUGAAAACAAUUUA